AUGAGUAGCUCGCUAAUGAGUCCUGCUCCUAUAGAGGAUCAAGCUAAACUUCUUGAUGAAGUAUUAAAUGUAGUCAAAGUACAAGCUCAUCUUAUGAAAAAAUGUUUGGAAAACAACAAGUUAAUGGACGGUUUAAAGCAUUGUUCCAACAUGCUUGCUGAAUUACGUACGUCUGCCUUGACUCCCAAGAACUACUAUGAACUCUAUAUGUCUAUCUUUGAUGCUAUGCGACACUUGACUGCCUUCCUUACCGAGGCUCAUACUGCUGGUCGUCAUCAUUUGGCUGAUUUGUAUGAGUUGGUACAAUAUGCCGGCAACAUUGUACCUCGUCUUUAUCUUAUGAUUACAGUGGGUUCUGCUUAUAUGAGUAUGCCUGAUGCACCUGUACGUGAAAUUAUGAGAGAUAUGAUGGAAAUGACUCGAGGUGUUCAACACCCAGUGCGUGGUUUAUUUCUUCGGUACUAUCUCAGUAGUAUGACGCGUGAUUAUUUGCCUGUAGGUGAAGGAGAUGGACCUGAAGGCAAUGUAUUUGAAUCCAUUAACUUUAUUUUGACCAAUUUCACUGAAAUGAACAAACUAUGGGUUCGCUUACAACAUCAAGGUCAUUCUCGUGAUAGAGAGAAGCGUGAAGCAGAACGUAAAGAAUUGCGUAUCUUGGUUGGCACAAAUCUUGUUCGUCUUAGUCAAUUGGAUGAUAUUGAUCUUAAAGUAUACCAAAGAGACAUUCUUCCUGGUAUUUUGGACCAAGUUGUUAGUUGUCGUGAUGUGAUUGCUCAAGAAUACUUGAUGGAAGUGAUUACUCAAGUGUUUCCUGAUGAAUUCCAUCUUCGUACACUUCAACCCUUCUUGUCUGCUACUGCUCAAUUACAUCCCAAAGUAAAUGUGAAGCAAAUUAUUAUUUCUUUGAUUGAUCGUCUGGCUGCCUUUGCUACUCGUGAAGCAGAAGGAGAAGAGCCUAAUGAAGCCAAGAAACAAAGAGAAGCUAAUAUUCGUCGUAUUGCUAAUCAAAGGAAGAGAAAACUUCAAGGACUUCAACCUGAAGAAGAAGAACAGGAAGAGGUAGAAGAACAGAAGGCAAAAGAAGAAGAAGAAGAGGACGAAGAAAAGGAAGAGAAGAAAGAAGAGGAAGAAGAAGAAAAAGAAGAGGAAGAGAAUGAAACCAGUGCGAUCCUUGAACAAGAAGAACAAGCCGAAGAAAAGAUUGAAGACAAAUUACAAGAAGUUGAAUUGGAAGACAAGCAAGACAUUCAAACAGGUGAUAUUGCUGAACAAGAAGAAGAAAAGGAAGAUGUUAAGAAAGUCCGUGGUAUUCCUCAAGAUGUUGAACUCUUUAUUGUCUUUUGGGGUCAAAUUGUUGAGCUUGUCAAGGCUCGUCCUGAUUUAACAAUUCAAGACUUGACUGCCCUUCUUGUCUCCUUGAUCAACCUUUCAUUGUCUUGUUACCCUGAAAAAUUAGACUAUGUUGAUCAAAUCCUUGCUUAUGCUAAAGACAAGGUGCUUGAGUACUCUGAUUCUCCUGAUCUUCAUUCCAAGGCUACAGAGGCUAACUUGUUAGCCUUGCUUUUAGCCCCUAUUCAACACUAUAGCUCCGUCUUGUAUCUAUUGGCCUUGGCAAACUAUCAACCCUUGUUAGCUCUUCAACCUUAUGGUACACGCCAAGCUACUGCUUAUGCCGUUGUCAACAGUGUAUUAAAGAAUGCUACUAUGAUCGAUAUCCCUGAAGAUGUACAUGGUAUUUUGGAUCUCUGUGAUGUCUUGUUGCGUGACCAAAAGGAUUCCCCUGUGCCUGCUUCAGCUGCUUCUCAAAACUCAUACGGUGGUAGACAAAGAGCUGGCUCAUUGAGUUAUGAACAAGAAGAAUUUGCCGAAAAGCAAGGUUUACUUGCUAGAAUGAUUCAUUUGUUUAGAUCUAAUAGUGAAGAUACACAAUUCUUACUACUAUCUGCCGCUAGAAAGCAAUUCGGUGAUGGUGGUGAUCGUAUUCGUUAUACUUUCCCUCCUUUGAUUGUGUCUGCUGUUAAACUCGCUCGACGCUAUAGAUACAUUGAAGAACAAGAUGAAAUAUGGGAAAAGAAGACAUCUACCCUCUUCCGUUUCAUUCACCAAGUCAUUUCUACUUUGUAUCACAAAUGUGAAGUAGCUGACAACUGUCUUCACUUGUUUUUGUUAGCAGGUCAAAGUGCAGAUGAAUGCGGAUUUGAGGAAAUUGCUUAUGAGUUUUUUGUGGAAGCAUUUACUAUUUAUGAAGAAGCCAUUUCUGAAUCUCGCGCUCAAUUCCAGGCCAUUACUUGUAUCAUUGGUGCACUUCAACAAACUCGUGUGUUCUCAGUCGAUAAUUAUGAUACAUUGAUCACUAAGGCUGCACUUCACAGUUCCAAGUUGCUCAAGAAGCCUGAUCAAUGCCGUGGUGUCUAUCUUUCUUCUCAUCUUUGGUGGGCUACUGACCGUGUUGAAGCUGAUGUACCUGAGAAUGAAAAGGGUCUUUUUAGAGAUGGCAAACGUGCACUUGAAUGUCUGCAAAAGGCAUUGAAGAUUGCUGACAGCUGUAUGGACCCUGUUACAAAUGUAGAGUUGUUUGUUGAAAUCCUUAAUCGAUAUGUCUAUUAUUUUGAAAAGGGCAAUGAUGCAGUUACUGUCAAGUAUUUGAAUGGUUUGAUUGAUUUAAUCAACACUAACUUUGGCAAUAUGGACAAUCCUGAUCAACAUCCUCCCACUGCUACUUCCUCUGCUCUUAUAGAACAUGAAGGACCUAUUUCUGGCUAUGUUCGCCGUCAUUUCCGCGCUACUCUCUUACACUUGCAGAACAGAAAAGAACAAUCUGCACGCACUGAAUCUCAAGGACCCAAAUAUGAUGAAUUAGAUCUUGGUGAUAUUUAA